AUGUCGGUCUACUCCUUCUACAUCUUCGAUCGCCACAGUAUGUCCCUUCUGUCUCCCCAAUACCAAUACCAAUACCAAUACCAGCAUAAGAACUGAUUCACGCACGCAGCGGAAUGCAUUUACUCCAAGCGCUGGACCAACUUCCCCCACGCCCGCAACUCCGCAGCAGCAGCAUCCGGCCCCAACAACAACAACACCACCAACACCAACACCCUCUCUCACCGCGAACUCCCCCUCUCCACCAAACAAGCCGCCAAAGCCUCCGACGACGCCAAACUCAUCUUCGGCACCAUCUUCUCCCUCCGCCGCAUGGCGCGCCAACUCGGCGGCGCCGAGGACCAGUUCCUCUCCUACCGCACGGGCGAGUACAAACUGCACUACUUCGAGACGCCGUCGCAGCUGAAAUUCGUCCUGCUUACCGACACGCGCGUCGGCAAUAUGCGCACCGUGCUGUACCAGAUCUGGGCGACGCUGUACGUCGAAUACGUCGUCAAGAGCCCGCUGGCGCCCACGGAGCAUCCCGGGGGUGUCGGCGUGGCGAAUGAGCUGUUCGAGGGAGGGCUGGAGAAGUUCAUCGUGCGUUUGUAUUUCCCGAUUUCCCUCACCAAGCAAUGGUUGGCAGAAGAGCUGACCUGAUUCUUAGAGUGCCAUCUUCACCCCUCAACCGCAAUGA